AUGUUUUGCCAGAUAUCCAGUCGUAGGGGGCUUGGCAAACGGUAACCAUGUGGUUGCGUGUUACUUACAAUUUCCUCGUGGAAAGAGGAGAGAAACAUGAGUUUAUUCUUUUCAACGAAUGGGUAUGUGUGUAUCUGAGCAUGUAGCCUACGUGUAUCUACCCCCUUCCCUUUGUCCCUCCUCCAUCUAUAGUAAGACUCUCCCAGAACGCAAUCAAUCUGCUUGCAUCCUGCUGCAACCAGGAUGAGCCACAACAACCUUCACUUCACUUUCACGUUCAUUUAACCCCAGUCCCGGAUCCCCCGGCCGCGCUACAUGCUACCCAGACAAGUCUAAUUUCACUCCCUUUUCCUGGACGACUACAGCAGCCACUCCACAUUGAGGCAGCAUGCCCGAGCCGGGAGCGGCAGCAGCAGCUGCCGUUACAGCCGCAUGUAGCAGCACCACCGACACCGAGAUCUCACGGCACAGACACCGGUCGCAGGGAGAAGGGGAAAAGACAGACCAAAGUGCCGCUUCGCAUCCAACAUCAUCCUCUGGCGUUCUGGACAAACUGUUUGGGAAGAGACUCCUGCAGGCAGGGCGGCACAUCAUGUCCCAUAAAUCCUGGAUGAAGACGGUGCCCACAGAGAACUGUGACGUCCUCAUGACUUUUGCAGAUGCGACAGAUGACCACACGUUACUCUGGCUUCUCAACCACAUUCGCCUGGGCAUCCCAGAGCUCAUCAUCCAGAUCCGACACCACAAGCACACCCACACCUACGCCUUCUUCGUCACGGCAACCUACGAAAAUCUGUUACGAGGUGCAGAGGAGAUGGGUUUACGGAAACCUGUGAAGCCGGAGUUUGGGGGAGGGACUCGAAGCUUCUCCUGCGAGGAAGACUACAUCUAUGAGAACAUCGAGAGUGAACUGUGCUUCUUCACAUCACAAGAACGGCAGAGUAUCAUCAAAUACUGGCUGGACAAUCUUAGAUCUAAACAAGGCGAGGUCCUCCACAAUAUCCACUUCCUGGAAGGACAGCCCAUCAUCCCUGAGCUGAAAGCAAGAGGGGUGAUCCAGCAGGAGUUCCCCCUUCACGAGCAGAGGAUCCUGGGACAGCUGAUGAAGUCAUGGGUCCAGGCUGUGUGUGAGAAACAGCCUUUAGAUGAUAUCUGCGAUUACUUUGGUGUGAAGAUAGCCAUGUACUUCGCCUGGCUCGGCUUCUACACCACCUCCAUGCUGUACCCGGCAGUGAUCGGCUUCGUCCUGUGGAUGCUCACUGAAUCAGAUCAGACGAGCCGGGACAUCUGCUGCGUGGUGUUCGCCCUCUUUAACGUGGUGUGGGCCACGCUGUUCCUGGAGCGCUGGAAGCGCAGGGGGGCCGAGCUCGCCUACAAGUGGGGCACGCUGGACACCCCCUCUGAGUCGCUGGAGGAGCCCCGGCCACAGUUCAGGGGAGUGAAGCGCUGUAGCCCAGUGACGGGCUGUGAGGAGUUCUACUACCCCCCGUGGAGGAGGCGGCUGUUCAGGUGGCUGGUCAGCCUUCCAAUCUGUAUCUUAUGCCUUUGCUUCGUCUUCCUGGCCAUGCUGAUAUGCUUUGAGCUGCAGGAAUUUGUGAUGAGCAUCAAAGAGCUACCGCGUAUGGCCAGGUUUAUUCCUAAAAUUAUGUUGGCCAUCACUGUGAAUGCGUGUGAUGAGAUGUACAAGAAGAUUGCCUAUUGGCUCAAUGACAUGGAAAACUACAGACUCCAGAGUGCCUAUGAGAAAAAUCUCAUCAUCAAAAUGGUUCUUUUUCAGUUUGUAAAUUCUUAUCUCAGCCUUUUUUAUAUUGGAUUCUACCUCAAAGACAUGGAGCGUCUGAAGGAGAUGCUGGCCACUCUGCUCAUCAUCCGGCAGUUCCUGCAGAACGUGAAAGAGGUGCUGCAGCCUUACCUGUAUGAGCGUCACAAGCUGGGUGACCUGACGCUGCGGGCCGUCUGGGACCUGCUCAUGACGGCGCUGAUGCGCUACGUGCGUCUGGCCGCCGGCAAGGCCCAUCUCUCGCCCUCUGACCCCGCCGUGCCAGGCCCGGGGCUGAGGGGGACCCGGUCCGGCGCGAGGCGAUCGCGAGCCGAGCGCCGAGAGAAGAAGUGUCUGAACGGCGCCUGCGGGGUGGCGGACAGCGAGGAUGAAGCCACGGAGGAGGAAGAGAGCGGGAGGGCGGGCGGAGGAGGAGGGGAGGAGAACGAGAUGGAGAGCGAGAGCCUGAUCGACUGUGGCCUGAAGCUGAGGAAGGUGAGUUUCAUGGAGAAGGUGGACAGGCGGAAGGCGAAGUCUGCCUCCCCAAACUCAUCACAGGAGGAUAACUUCCUGGAUGAGGGCAGCCCUACUAUGAUGGAGAAGGGUAUGGACCCAGCCUCUGUCUUCGAGAUGUGCGAUGAUGACGACGACGAAGAAAACAGCAGUUCGGACGGGAAGGAAUUGGGUUCAGAGCCCAUCAUCCAAGCCACCAUGCCCACAUCCAGUCACGAUGGACCCACAAUGUCUUCGCACCACCGCAGGAGGGGCCGCAGCCUGGAUCCGGACAAAAGCAAGACCAAACGGGGUUCCUGGAUCGAGCCUCCGGAAGAACGGGAGUCCAAUACCCUCACGCAGGCUGAGGUGGAGAGCUGCAUGCAGAAGUAUGAGGACACCUUCCAGGACUACCAGGAGAUGUUCAUCCAGUUUGGCUACGUGGUCCUCUUCUCCUCCGCCUUCCCCUUGGCCGCCAUGUGUGCCCUCAUCAACAACGUCAUUGAGAUCCGCAGCGAUGCCUUCAAGCUCUGCACCGGCCUGCAGAGGCCCUUUGGCCUGCGUGUGGAGAGCAUCGGCCAGUGGCAGACGGUGAUGGAAGCUAUGGGGCUGAUUGCCAUCAUAGUGAACUGUUACCUGAUUGGCCAGUGUGGUCAGCUGCAACGUCUCUUCCCUUGGCUCAGCCCUGAGAUGGCCAUCAUCUCCAUCGUCAUCCUGGAGCACUUUGCCGUUCUCCUCAAAUACAUCAUUCAUGUUGCCAUCCCAGACAUCCCCAGCUGGGUGGGGGAAGAGAUGGCCAAACUGGAGUUCCAGCGGAGGGAAGCCUUUAAGAAACAUGAGCGUCAGGCGCAGCAGCACUUUCAGCAGCAGCAGCGGCGGAAGCGAGAGGAGGAGGAGCGGCAGCGACAGGCUGAGCACCAGGCACGGCGCGAGCGCGAGCGGGAAGAGGGACGCACCGACCCCUCGAGCGGCGACCACCACCAUGACAAAAGCCACGGGGGCAAGGGCCGGAACAGCUCAGGCAGCAGCGGGGACAAGCCCAAACGACCCAGCUCGCUGCUGGCCAACAACAACGUGAUGAAGCUGAAGCAGAUCAUCCCGCUGCAGAGCAAGUUCUCCUCGGGCACGGCGCGCUCGCCGCAGUCGCCCACGGGUACCGAGCCCAAGCUGCCUGGCUUCCUCAGCUUCAAGUUCCUCAAGUCGCCUGAGAACAAGAAGGAAGCCGCAGCCGCUGCCGCUGCUGCUGCUGCUGCCGCGGCUGCUGCUGCCUCCUCCACCGGCUCCAUCGCCACCAACACCAGCGGCACCAUUGCGGCCUCCGCAGGCCAGGAGCGCUCCCAGUCCCCCAGCAAGUCCUUCAACCCCAGCAAACUCUUUAACUUUGGCAAGUCGGAGGGGGGAACCUGCGUGAACGGGGCACCACUGCCCAGACCCGGGGAGUCGUCACAGGGCUCGGAGAAGCAGGCCAGCAAGGCGGACCUGAACGGGGUUCCAGAUGAGAUCCCGUCUCCGGCCAGGGAGAACGGGGAGAACGGACACUCCACGAACCCUGAGCCACCCAGGCCCUAAGAUCGCGUCCUCUUUUUACGAAAAAGAAAAAGGGAGAAAAACUAGACUAUGAGAGAUGAAAUGAGGAGGAAGAAGGACAGGAGGAGAACUAAUUGAGGCUCUUCUGCCUGUCAGUGCUUUUUUCAAAGCUGUUCAUGUAACCUUAGGCCUGAAAGCUGUUUAAGGAGGUUAAGGGGAGAGAAAGACAGGGAAAAUGUCUGGGUGAGAGAUCGAGGCUUUUAAACAUGUGACACCCCCUCUCAAACAUACUCGUUCACACACACACACACACACACACACACACAAACACACACCCACACAAACAUACACCCACACAAACACACACUCACACACACACACACACACACACACUGCUCUGCCAACCCUUUUCUGCAAUACAUGUAGGAAUGCAUGAGCUGUGUUUCUUAUACUUUUGGGAGCCUUUUCCCAAAGAGCAGUUGGAUUUUAGUAACAGGGGUUUUCUCAACUUUAGUUUGGUUACAUCUCAGAAACACACAACAAUGGAAAUACUUCUUUUUUUUUCUUUAACUCUUUGAUUACACAUAUUCAGUAAUCCUAAAAUCAGAUAUCAGAAGUAGAAAUCUCAAACUAUGAGUCACUUGAGGCCAGUCCAUUUUUCUACUUAUUUAUCCCUUGGGUUUAACCGAGCAAUAUAAAUAAAAAAGUACUGCAGAGAGACAUCCAUCUCAGAUCUCCUUCAGACAGUGUUCUAAAAGGCAACAGUCACUGUUUUGUGUGAGGGGACCACCAUAACUUUCGCAAUAUCCUAAUUGUAUGGAGGUUUAUUCUACAAUGCUCAAUCUAUCUGCUAUUUUGUUUGUUUGAGACUCCUUGAGAGUGUGAAAGGUCAUAGGAAGUUGGAGAGUGUAUUUGGAAGCCACAUUAUCAAAAAGAAAGUGGCGGAUUUGAUGUAGGGGGAAAAGCUUUAGUGACAAAGAUGGAAAGUCAUACAUGGCAUAGCGUUGUGUUUUGGAAAGGGUUAGAUGGGAUGCGUGGAGAGGAGAGGGCAUUCCCAUUUUGUAAUCCCUCAUUUUGGUCUGCAGAAGAAAAAAACCCUGGACUAGAGGAGAUUCAUCCCUAUUUACAGCUCAUGGUAGUCAGACACUGGAGAAGACAUUUGCACUAUAUUCUGCUGCCCUGCAAAGCUGAAAGAGCUACUAGCAGGAGGAAAGAGAACACCAGCCUGCCUCAUAGCAUAUGCAAAAGCUGGAUUUUUUUAUUGCUAGUUGUACCGAACAUUGCGGUCAACUUAACCAUUCAUUCCUUUUGGUGCUGUUUCUAGCCAUGAUAAUGAUUUGUUAUCAUAGAUUUAUGUUUUUAUUUAUUUGGGUCAAGAUGAUCUAGGGAGAAUCAUGCACCUCUACUUCUGAUUUGCCAAAGCUGUAUCAGUUUGAGAAUGGGGGAAGGGUUUGAGAUAAACCCUGCACAGAGAGCCAUACUUGUUUGUCAAAAGACACUUUAAUACAUGUGUUGGUUUUUGUCCUUGUAAAUAAAUAACUUUCAGUUCCAGCCAUAUGCCAGAGGGUGGCGCCCAAACUUAGAAUCAGCUGUCCUUGGUUAACCCUCGGCUUGGAGGUCUGAGGGAAAGAAUGCUUAGUGUGGAUUUCAGCAUUGGGCCAAGGCAGCGCACCCAAUAAUAGCAAUUCAUUAUUAGUCAGUUCAACCAUCUCUGUUCAUGUGAACCAUGCUGAGUAAUUAGAAUGUGUCCCUCACAGUGAGACAGAGAGAGAGAGAGAGAGAGAUUGAGGCGUAAAACAUCUAUGCACUUCCUUUUCAUACUCCAUAUAUUCCAUCCUUCAAUGAAUUUUGCAAUAAUAUGGUGAACUGGAGACUGAUGAUAUUGUUUUUUAUUGUUUUUUUUUAAAGAUUGUAUUUCCUUAUUUUGUUUGCACUCUGCAGAUUCAUAUCUCACUGUGAGGCAUUAUUAGGUUGCGAUUUUCUAUCAUUCUGCUCUGAAUGGUUGAACCCUCUGUGCUUUCACCUCUCCUGUGAGACCCCCUCUACUUUGCAGAGAGAAGUGUAACAUCAAUGUCAUUGUACAGCAUAGGACAUCAGAACAUCUCUGUUGUUUGAAAAAUAUAAAUCUGUUUUCUCCAUCCUAUAUGAAGGACGGAGAAAACGCACAAGGUUUUCACAGGCCUGUCAAACAAGAGCUGAUUUAACAAUGAGGAUAUUAACCCCAUGCUAUGUAGUCAUGUUAUUGAAUUCAUUUCAUGAGUGUCAUUCUCCCCAGUGAUACGCGAGGGUGUACUUGAAACAGGCUUCUCGAGAUGGAAGACGUCCAGGCGAGCCAUGAGGUACUGAGUGGUUAGUGUUUCUCCAAUGAAAUACAAUAUGUAGUAGUAAGUGGGUUAGCAAGGCAGUGUUGUGUAAUGCAAUAAGGGAAGUCGCUCGAAUUUUGUUUGAAAUUCAAGGUGGGUAGCCACUUUCAAUGAAUCACAUAAUAGCUUCUUUUGUACUUGUUUCUUAUUUACAUAUUUCAAAUUACUACAAACGGUCAUGGAUGAGAUGAGUUCAGUUGUCAGCUUGUUACAGCGUUCUGUAAGACACUGAUAAACUAACAGGUGAUUAAAUGCCUGUGUAAGCACACAAGCUGCAAGACUUUUUUUCAUUAUAUUUUAGACUGAUCCGGUCGGCACAGUUUAGUAAACAAAAAAGGCCUUCACAGAUGAAAAAUGCCUCAAAAGACUUUAUUCAGAAAUGACAUUUAGAAUCAGUGGGAGAACCUACUUAUCUUUUUCAGAAAUGAUUCCCGUGAGCAGUUGGAGCAGUAUUUACAUUUAGCGAGAACCUUCUUUGGAUAGUUAUGUUUGGUUCUUGUUUUCCGAUGAAACCAGGUGUGAUCUGGUGGAACGUGUUUGCCUCUAGAGCCGUACGAAUACACUGUGUGACUCAACCAUGAUCACUCGAAGCUUAGGUUCCUAUUCUUUCUCUUCUCGUGCUGUAAGUUGAAAUUGGUCUAGGGCUUCAGCAUGAGCUGUACCCUAGAGGUCGCCUGGGAGAGGAUGGGUGAGUGGGAUGGGAGAGCAAGACCAACACAUCUCGGAAAUCCUUCCCAGCCAGCGCGCUGACGAAUCGCCUCAGCCUCUUGACGUGCUCUUCCAACAACACCACUGUAAAGCUUAUGUUUUCAUUUCAUUUCUUUUUCAAAGAAAAAGAUGUUAGGAAAUGGGACAAUUUAUUUCUUUUAAUUUAUUUUGUCAUAUUUUUGUAAAAUCUGAAAAUGAAUAGUAAAACAAUUUCUUGA